AUGAAAUCCUUGGUGCGAAGGUCACUUCUCUCUAAUAAUCUUCAUUCUUUCGACAUGGACAUCCGUUUGUUAGUCUUCUUCGUACUCUUUUCACUGGUUUUUCCUCAACUUGAUGCUUUCCCUGGUUGUGGUGACGACGCACUCACCCAAAACCUGAGUGAUGCAGCAUCGCGAGCAGCAGAAUGGCUGAGUAAGAAUCUCAUCGACAACACCACUGAAACUGAAGGCCAUAUUCUUGGUACGGCGUUUCACUCCCUCCGACUCGUCAACUACCCCCUAGGGUCUCUAACUAACCACACGAUAUCGAACAUCUACAAGGAUUUUGACGUUAAUGGCACAGACGUCGGAAAAAUUGCCUACUAUACUCAAGGAUACAUCGCUAGCGGUCGCAAUCCAAGGACAGAGUUCAUAGCGCGGAUGAAGCAAGGGAUUCAAAAGUGUUGCAAGGGUGGCUUUACGCAUCCCUUCCAAUACAUGGUGACUGUGUUGGCUCGGUGUAACAGUGGUAAACCAGCCAUUCGAUACUGGGAGAUCCGCAGAAUUAUGAAGACACUGUUGAAACCAAAGUAUCCAUAUCAGAGCAUUGAUACUGUUGCUAUGGCGACGAUUGCUCUUCGAUGCGUGCAGAAAAAGCAACGUCGAGACCUGGUACGAGAUAAGAAAAUCAAGCUCAAACGUUGGAUUAAAAGUGGGACAAAAUGGUUGUUAAAGAGGCAGAAUAAUGAUGGAAGUUUUGGUACAAAUGGCAUCACAACAGCACUAGCAGUACAGGCUAUUAUUUCAAACAGAAAUUGGACAGAACUAGAGUGGCAGUGUCCCCAGGCUAUGCAAUACCUUCUAAGUCAUCAGAAAGAUGAUGGAUCGUUUGGAGAUCUCAUGUCUACUAUCCAGAUAUUGCCGGUAUUGAAAGGGAAGAGGCCUUAUGAUCGACUAAAACCUGCUAGAAAAACCACAAAAAACAAUAUCUAUCCUAGUAAAAGUAGUGUUGGAGAAAAUACUGUCUCACCAGGAGAAAAACCGCUUAUCGACGUGUGUUUAAAAAUUCAUAUCUCCAAAACGGACCAGCGUCAAUUUGACGUGAAAGUAAAACAAGGCUCUACCGUACACGAGAUAUUCAAGAUGGCGGAGCAGCAGUUUCGAGGCCAGUUUACAUUUAAGGCCAGCAAGACAAAAUAUGGCGCCAUGAUUGAGUCCAUCUGUGGUUAUGACCAAAGUAAUCCUCAGAGACUCAACUGGAUGAUGUACUCCAGUCCUGCUACCAUGGCAACGGUAGGCGUAGAUGGCUUGCGUCCAGAGAAUGGUACAUGUGUGAUAUUCAAGCUCAUCAAGACUGGAGACGAGUCACUUCCAUGUGGUGAAUGUGGAAGAUAAGAAAUACCCUAGUGAUCGGGCUACCUGUACUGGAAUCCAAAGGCUACCCAAUAAUGAUAAAGUUGCUCCAUCGACUUGCAAUAAGUGACACUAUUAAUUGACUUUGAUCGAUCUGAUGUUUGAUUAGGAAAAAAUAAUUUGUCUUUCUAAAUAGAAUUUUGUGUGAUCCCUUGAGUCGUCUAAAGGUUUUCGUAAUAUAAAUUCUAGCUUAAUUUUCUGUUUUAAGGUGACUGCCUACUUUUAAACAGCCCACGAUGUGCGCGCGCUCAAAAACCGCUGAAUAAUCUUCACGAUUUUGUUGAAGAACCAUACACGUUUUGAACUUCAAGAGCGCAA